UGUAAUCACGGAAGUUGAAGUGAAAUAUAUAGCUAGCUGGCUAGCUAUGUUUAUUUCUUUAGUUGUGGAUACAUUUUAAAGACUGUUUCCUGGAUUAGUUAGAUUGUUUUAAGGCGGCAGUACAAUGGCAGGUUGGGCAGGCUUUUCGGACGAAGAGCUACGGAGGCUGAAACAGAAGGAUCAGGCUGAGCCUGUUGUCUCGGGCCGUGGCCGAAGACCCGCUUCUACCAACCGGAGCCGCCAGCAGCUGCAGAGGGAGCGAGCCAUGCAUACCGCCGCUCAGCAGCAAGGGUCUGGCCCUCUUCCGCCGGAGCAGCGACUCACCAAGCCCGAAGUGCAGCGGUCCAACCAGGCGUCCAGCCAGGUUCCACCGAGACCAGCGGAGACAAAAGAGGGUCCUCAAAGAAGCACGCCGGAUGAACAGCCAACCGCGAACUCGCAGCCAGUGCCAAACACGGAGACAGCCCCGAUGGUCAAGGAGCUGGAAAAGCAGGAGGUCGAACUGAGAGAGAAGACACGGCUGGAGCUGCUUCAACAAGAGCAGCGAAUGAUAGAAGAGAAGAAUAAACGCAAGAAAGCUUUACUAGCAAAGACGCUAGCUGAAAAGUCCAAGCGAACACAAGCUGAAGCAGUGAAGCUGAAGAGGAUCCAGAAGGAGCUGCAGGCCCUGGACGACAUGGUGUCCAAUGAUAUCGGAAUCCUAAGGGGCCGAAUCGAGCAGGCCAGCUGGGAUUACUCCAUGGCGAGGAAGCGGUAUGACAAGGCGGAGGCGGAAUACGUGACUGCGAAGCUGGACCUGCACCGCAAGACGGAGGUGAAGGAGCAGCUGACGGAGCACCUUUGUGCCAUCAUCCAGGAGAAUGAGCGGCGCAAGGCGCGCAAGCUGGAGGAGCUGAUGCGGCGGCUGGAGCUGCAGGCUGACGAGGAGGGCCUGGAGCUGGAGAUCCAGGUGGAGCGCAUGCUGAGGGAGCAGGAGGAAGCGGAGCGGAGGGAGGCGGAGCGGGAGGAAGCGGCCCGCCGGGCCCUGGAGGGAGGGCCAGGGGCAGGACCGAACGCAGCCGGGGGCGGUGACUGGGUGGAAGGGGAACAGCAAGGUACAGAGGUGGAGCACAGGGCUGGCCCGCCCCCUGCCGGCUCAGAGCAGAAGAGGGGCAGUCGGCACUUGGAGGCACCCGGUGUUCCCCCGCCAUCUGUACCCGAGGCUCUUGUUUCUGUCUAGUGAGACUUGGAUGAGAUCCUCCCUGACAUCACUGCUGAGUGUCCAUCACGCAAGACGUGGGGAGGAUCUCCUAUCAGAUCCCCGUGAAAACACUGCUGAAAAUCAACGCAAACCACCCUGCAUGAUGACACUAAUUUGUGUACUCUUACCAGAGUCUACACUCUCUGUGUCGUCACACUGUAAACCAAGUACACUUCUAAAGAGUUAGAGUGUAUUCUAGAAUGAUAAUUUAAGGCCAAAUCAUGAAUCAUAAAUGAGCCAAUGAAAGGCCCUUGUUA